CCAGAUUAAGGCUCUGCUUGUUGCCAGUCCUCCUCCACCAGCGGAAACAUCCGAACAUCGUCUCUGACAUACACUCGAUGUGGCGGAACUAGAAGCGGUCCGUAUUUUUUUUAGGACACAUAAAUAUUGAAUAAUUCAUUUUCGGCGGCAUUCAUGAAAUAACUUGAAAUUCAUAGCAGGAUAACACCAUGAUUUCGCCGUGGGACCGGUGGUACUCGACGAGCUGCUGCCUCUGCUGCCAUGUACGGACGGGCACCAUUAUUCUGGGAAUAUGGUAUAUGCUCAUCAAUGCGGUGGUUCUACUCAUCUUGUUGUCGGCUCUCAAUGACCCGGUUCAAUACCGCUACCACCUUACCAGCUCUGAGCUGGGGACUGACAUCGACGUCAUGGACGAUGCAAAUAUCUGCAUAGCCACUGCGAUAUCCCUGCUCAUGAUUCUUAUAUGUGGCAUGGCAACAUAUGGUGCUUACAAGCAACAUGCUGCUUGGAUCAUUCCGUUCUUCUGCUACCAAAUCUUCGACUUUGCCCUGAACACACUGGUAGCCAUUAGUGUUGUUGUUUAUCCCAACACGGUGCAGGACUACCUCCAGCAACUGCCAGGGACAUUCCCUUACAAAGAGGACAUCAUGUCCACCAACAACAUGUGCCUAGUUUUUGCAGUCCUGCUGUUCAUUGGCUGCAUCCUCUCCUUCAAGGCCUACCUGAUUGGCUGUGUGUGGAACUGCUACAGAUAUGUGAGCGGCCGGGGUACCACGGAGGUCCUGGUGUAUGUCACCACCAAUGACACCACGGUUCUGCUGCCCCCGUACGAGGAGGCUAUUGCUAUACCGCCGAAGGAUCCCCCUCCCCAGUAUAUGGAGGCAUGAGAGACGUCCUCCUUGUUGGACCCCAUCCCCCAAACACCUUCCACCUCUCACUCCCACCACUAGGACCCAAACACUGGCUGGAACAUGUUGGAAAACAAGACAAAACAGUGUCUUAGAGGCUGGUUUCAUCUUGGAUUCCUGCCAAACUUAUAUUAAAUUAGGCUGACCUCCAUCAACUCUCCCCCCCCCCCCCCCCCCCCCCACCACCACCUCCCCUGGUUGUUGUGAUGUAAUUUCCUCCCCUACCCUCUCCUCUGUCUUCCUCCAAGGACAGUAUCGCAGCGACUCCACCGGCUCCCCCUGAACACUCUGACCCAACUCAACGUGCACUUUUCUUUGAGGGAAACGUGCACCGGUUUGGCCACCAACUGUUAACCCCCUGAUACUGUGAAUCUCCCUCAUGGACUUUGUCUAGAAACAAACUACCUGAAGAGAGUUAGUGACAGAGAGUGAGAAGGAAAGCAACAUACACGAUCAGUUAUGCAAGAGCACUUUUUUCCGAAAUUGACAAACUCCUUCAUUGAAUGUAAUGUCGAGGUAUUUUUGUAUGACUUUUUUGUAUAACAGUAAAAAACUGAGAGAAAAAUAAGUGAUAGUGAAAGGCUGUCCUGUUGUGAUAUGUUCAUGGUCUGUCCUGCAGGAAAUCUUAAUGAAAAAGGAUCCUCGACCACUACUUCUUCCUGUUGUUUCCAUGUAAACACACUGUCUGUUAACCUGUGAUCCGUUGACUGCCCGUUGAAAACCUUGUUCACCCUUUCUUCUCCAUCACAAUAUUCCAGUUUGCCUUCCUGUCUGUUCCGAGAAAGAGUGGCAUUAAUGAUCUUGUUCAUAGAAGCACACAAACAUAAAUAUUACAGUUUCACAUCCAAAAAGGCAAUUCACAAACAGUCAAAUCUAUAAUAUGUAACAUUAGUGUGUUAAGACGCGCGUCCUGUGUUCCUGUCGAGCUGCAGCUUCAACAGCAACGUCUUUUUUUUGUUUUACAUGGAUCAUGUGUAAUCUGAUCUUUUUAGUUGAGAUAAUUUAGCUGGACUGAGGGCAUUUUCGUGUGUGUGUGUGUGUGUGUGUGUGUGUGUGUGUGUGUGUGUGUGUGUGUGUGUGUGUGUGUGUGUGUGUGUGUGUGUGUGUGUGUGUGUGUGUGUGUGUGUG